UUCCAAAUUUCAGUAUUCGUCAUGGAAUCCGACGGACUUGAGGAGUUUGAUUUCUCGCAGCCACUUCAUUAUGCGCUCUCCCAACUGAAUGCAGAUCUCUAUGCAGGAAUUGAGCAGGAACCCCAUUUUGAGACUGUUCACUUUCCCAAACCAGCAUCUUUAUCUGCAAUGGCAGAGGAGGAUGAUGACGAACGGCCACCGACUACAAAUGAGAUUAUUGAUGAUCUCGUGGAAAAGUUUGAUAAUUAUCCAAAAAUCGUGACUACUAUGAUGCAGAGAGGUUUGCUCAAAAAACGGCAACAGUGCAGAAAGUGUGAUCGAAUGAUGCAUUUGAGAAGGAGAAAGAAUUGCUAUGAGUGGCGCUGCCGAACAAAGGAUAAGAGAGGGGACUGCUCGUCUUGCUCAAUAAAAUUUGGAAGUUGGUUCGAGUAUACCAAGUUAUCCUUCAAAACUAUUUUCAGUUUUUUGAUCAUGCACUGUAAAAACUGUUCCACAAGUCACAUGGCCAAUGAGCUCAAAUUAUCAACGCAUACAGUGAAUGAAACUCGGAAAGUUGUCUAUGAUCUGACAGAUAAAAUCGCAUCAAAGUAUCCCAGAAUUGGACAAAAUCAGGGAAUGGUGUACAUAGAAGUGAUUCGAAUUGAGCCAAAAAAGGCAAACGACUUCAUGUACACCAUUUUGGCAGGUCAAGAAGCAAACUCCAACAACUGUUUCGCUGUUGUGAUGUCUGAUGAGAUGCCAAGUACAAUUGAAAAAGUUAAAAUGGAAAAAGUCAAUUCACAUUCAUCAGUUUCAAUGAUCAAGACUGUUAAUGAAAAUUUCACCGCUUAUGCAAGUCAAAGCGCAACAUUCUUCGACGAGUCAAAAGUCUAUUCAAACCCAAGUGAUAUGUUCUUCACAAAUCUUCGCAAAAAUCAUCCGGAAAGUGCACUCAAUUCUGAGCAAGCAUUCCAAAGUUGGUUCAAUGAUCAAGUGGUGAGAAAAACCGAAGGAAAGCGAAUGCUCGAAAAAUGUGUGGAGGAGCUCAGGACAUACACGACAUCAUAAUUUAAUUUUAUUACGGGGGGAAUUUAUUUUUGAAAUGGUUAUGUAUAACCAUGUACGAUCUUACGUGUAUUUAUCUCACUGGAACGAAGCGAAUAAAUUACAAUUUAAUGCUAA